GCUCGAGCUCAGGGGAAAAGCGGCGGGGCAUGAGCGAAAAGCUCAGUCAAGUUUUGUGAGUCAAAGGAGACACUUCAGUGUAUCAGUGCGCAGGCGACUGCACCACUGGCGACACGUUGCUUUUUUAUUUGUGGAUAUUUCUACAGCUUUGUUUCAAUAUUGAGGACGUAUUUACACGCAAGCAAGUGAUCCACACAGUGAUCCGUACACUGUCGUUUUAAAGCGAACACCCCUCCUCCCUCCAGUAUCGGAGCCCCCGACUCACCCGGGUAACAUGGACGAAUUCUACGACCAGCAAGUCCCGUUUAUGGUCCCACCCAGUCAGCACAAGUCUCAUGUGGAGGGACCACCUCACAACAGGCCUCUGAAUGACAGGAAAAGGAAAUUCGUGGAUGCAGAACUCGCCCAGGACACAGAGGAACUCUUCCAAGACCUCAGUCAGCUGCAAGAGAUCUGGAUUGCUGAAGCCCAGGUGCCUGAUGAUGAGCAGUUUGUCCCAGAUUUCCAGUCAGAUAGCUUGAUGUUUCAUGGCCCGCCUGCUGCCAAGAUCAAACGAGAGCUGACUCCCUCCAAAGAGUUUUCUCCCUGUCGCCAGGACAGGAGUCCCAUGCUCUCCGGAGAGAAGUGCCUUUACAGCUACAGUGCCUGUGACAGGAAGCCCACACAUGGGUUUAAGCCAUUAACUCCCCCCUCCACACCAGUGUCACCUUGUGGCGCCACCAGCACAGCAGGAACGCUCCCACUGUGUGAGCAGAACCCCUCUCCUCACCCCCAUGUAGCCAAUCCGAAUAUAGGGCCCCGUCCACUACACGUACAACAGCCUGUAUCUGCGAGUGCAGGCUCUCCCAACCAGCAAACGCUCCCAGUCCACAGCCACAGCUCGCCAUUUGCCAUGCCCUGUGCCCCCAUCAGCCAGGAUGCCAGUAACUUCACACCCGAGCACAGGUUCCAGAGGCAGAUGUCAGAGCCAUGUCUACCUUUCCCCCCAUCAGAGAGUCAAGGGCUCCCCCAGUUCUUGCCACAGCCUCCCUGCAGCAACAAUAACAGCCUGCAACGUGACGGGCGUCCACCAUACCACCGGCAGAUGUCAGAGCCUCUGGUGGCUGUUCCACCUCAGGGCUUCAAGCGAGAGCUCAUCGAUCCACGGUACACUGAGCAGGGCGUCCCCACCAUGGGUCCCCCAGGUCCACCCCCAGGUCCUCCACGUCAGACAGCUUUCCACCCCAUGGCCAUAAAGCAGGAACCUCGUGACUUCUGCUUCGAUUCUGAAGUGCCUAACUGUCAGUCAUCCUUUGGGAGAGCGGGGAGCUUCUACCAGAAUAACCAUGAAAGCUUCUCCUUCGACAGAGAUCCUCAGCUGUACUUCGAUGAUACCUGUGUGGUCCCUGAAAGAUUAGAAGGUAAAAUAAAACAGGAACCCUCUGUCUAUCGUGACGGACCUCCCUACCAGCGCCGGGGGUCCCUGCAGCUCUGGCAGUUCCUGGUCACUUUACUGGACGACCCGGCCAAUGGCCACUUUAUAGCCUGGACUGGUCGUGGCAUGGAGUUCAAACUAAUUGAGCCUGAGGAGGUGGCUCGUCGUUGGGGCAUCCAGAAGAACAGGCCAGCCAUGAACUAUGACAAGCUGAGUCGCUCGCUGCGUUACUACUAUGAGAAAGGCAUCAUGCAGAAGGUAAAGGUGGCUGGUGAGAGGUACGUAUACAAGUUUGUGUGUGAUCCCGAGGCUCUCUUCUCGAUGGCCUUCCCCGACAACCAGAGGCCCAACCUGAAGGCCGACCCAGACAGUCUGCAGGGGUUGGACGACGACACUGUGCCCCUCACCCACUAUGACGAAGCCGCUCCCUACCUGGUGGAUGCUGGGGAGCCGUGCGUGCCGGGCUUGCCCUUCUCAGAUAGCUACGGCUACUAAUAGACCUGAUGCACAUUACACAUGUACACACAAACACUCCCAAAAUUUCUCGACGCCCACUCUUAAAAUCCAGAGCUGGAACUGUUGAGCCACUUGGAAGGAAAACCUCACACUCUGUUCCUUCAGUUCCCUCUCCUGCUCCCUGGAAACCCUUCAUAAAGCUCCCCAGCUACAAAUGAACAAGGGAAAAACUUGCAACAGCUCUUCUACUGCACCAACACACAAGAGAGAGAGAGAGAGAGAGAGCAAGAGAAAGGGAGAGGGUUGUGAAACCAGUGAGGGUGACCUGGACUUGGUAGCUCUGCCCACCUUACAAGCCUCCUGAAGUAAGGCAGGUUGCUAUGGAGACCAAACAAAAUGAGGUCACAGCCUGCCAACUUUAAAAGUACUGACAGACCCUCCAUUUGUACAAGACGACGAGACUUGUUCCACUUCAGAUUUUGUGACAAUCUUCUUUUCUUAAACCUGAUCAACUCACCAACAGAGUAAAAACAAAAAAAAAAUUUAACAAGAUAUUCUGUAGUUGCCUUUCUGGGUCCAUUUCCCCAUCACCACAUCUGAACUGUGAGAUCCGUUAAAAAGGGCUUUAACUUGCAAAAACGGAUUAAAAAACAAAACCUAUUCUAAACCCACAAAUCAGUUUUUU